CUAAUCCAAUCCCAAACAGUUGGGCCUCGGGGCCUGCUGGGUUAGGCGGCAGGGUACGACGACCCACCCGGUGAGUUUGACCCCUCGUCGGUUCGUCGGUGGCCAACCGAGCAGCCGAGCAGGAGCGCUAGCAUGCGGCGCCGUAUAUAUACAGGCGCCCACGCGCGGUGGCGGAGAGGCGGUAUGAGCCGAAGAAGGACGGGUCCGGGGGGUCGCGGAAGGAGCAAUGGCGGAAUCAAGCGGCUCCGGUUCCGUGUCGGUGGACGUCGAGCGGAUCUCCUUCGGCGGCAAGGAUCAUCUUGUGAGGACGAGAUGUGGUUCUGUAACCGUUGCCGUGUACGGAGACGAGGACAAGCCAGCGCUUAUAACGUACCCGGAUGUAGCUCUGAACUACCUGUCCUGUUUCCAAGCAUUUUUCUUCUGCCCGGAAGUGGCGUCUUUGCUGCUACACAACUUCUGUGUCUACCACAUCAAUCCCCAGGGACACGAGAUGGGAGCAGCUCCAAUGUCGUCAGAUGUGCCGGUGCCAUCUGUUGAUGAUCUCGCUGAUCAAGUCGCAGAUGUGCUUGAUUUCUUCAGUUUAGGAUCUGUGAUGUGCCUUGGUGUCACCGCUGGUGCGUAUGUUCUCACUCUCUUUGCGACGAAAUACCGGGAGAGGGUAAUAGGAUUGAUGCUGGUUUCCCCUCUGUGCAAGUCCCCGUCGUGGAGCGAGUGGCUGUAUAAUAAAGUGUUAUUAAAUUUGCUUUAUUACUACGGGAAUCAAGGCCUGGUCAAGGAGUGCUUGCUUCAACGGUACUUUAGCAAGAAGCUGCGUGGGGAUGCACAGUGUCCUGAAUCCGACAUAGUGCGAGCCAGUAGAAGUUUACUUGAUGACAAGCAGGGCGAAAAUAUCUGGCGGUUUCUUCACUCAAUAAACGAGAGGCAUGACUUAACAGAUUCGUUAAAGAAGCUGCAAUGCCGCACGCUGAUCUUCGUCGGGGAGAGCUCACAGUUCCACGAGGAUGCUAUCCACAUGGCCACAAAACUGGACCGCAGAUACUGCGCGUUAGUUGAGGUGCAGGACUGUGGCUCCCUUGUGACCGAGGAGCAGCCCCACGCGAUGGUGAUGCCAAUGGAGUACUUCCUCAUGGGAUACGGGCUCUACAGGCCGUAUCAGCUAAGCAGCAGCCCUCGCAGUCCACUGAGCCCAUGCUGUAUAUCGCCUGAGCUGCUGUCUCCUGAGAGUAUGGGUGUGAAGCUGAAGCCGAUAAAGACCCGGGUUGGUAUCAGUUUGUAGCACUGGCAAGCAAGCCUUUUGAACCAGAAUGAAAGGCAGGCUACCUGUCUUAGAAUCCUCUUGCAGUUGUAUAACAUGGCAAAUGGCCAUUCCUGUUGGAGAUAACCUAUAUAUCAUGUACAUCACAAAAAAAAGGGUAUAAGAGGGACCCUGUAGUGGAGGUAACGGGUAACCAGGAUGUGUCUUUGUUCAAUUAGUUUGUGUAGUCGCCGGCUUUCAGCACAAAUGUAAAUCUCAAAGUACUUUGACAGGAACAAUAAGAAUCCAUCUCCAGGGUUUCAG